GGAAGGAAAAAGAAGCUAAUUAUCAGCAUCCAGGCAACAGUGUUUGUUAUAUGAGAGCAAUAAUGUCCAUAACUGGCGACCAGUUAUCCCGUGACUUGGACUUUUGUGGUCUACAAGAGGUAAAAAGUAUGGCUGUAAUUUCCAUGACUUCAAAAUCCCCACUGAUGACAUCUUCAACAGACGAGAAAAGAUACUGUGUAAAUGAAGUCUUCAAAAUUCACAACAAGCAGCAGUGCUGUGCUGAUCAUUUAACCAUGACGCCAGACGUAUGAGAAGUAAUGCAUGGAGGCAUUUUGGUUUCAACAUCGUAGAACAAAUAUUUAAGGAUAAAAGUAAGUGUGUAUUCUGACUGUGUAAAAUGCAACUAUAUUACAACAACAGAACAUCCUGGUCACCUCGUCUUGUCUCUCAAAUGAGGCUAAUAGGCACAUUAAUUGUACAAUGGAGUUAGGGUUCAGCAAUGUGAGUUGUAUUCAAAUGAAUUAUGUCUCUGCUCUCACUGAUUGGAACUUCAGUAACAUCUGCGCUGUGUGCCACUUCCUGACCUUUCAAAGAUGUGCUACAUGCACCAUCAAACCCAUAUAGAACUGUUUCCUGUUCAACAAUUUCAUACACAGUUCAUGCAACGUUACGUGGAUUAAAAAUGUUUCUUCUUCUGAGUUGCUGGAUUCUUGCAGGAGUUAUGGCAGAGGACCCAACAGUGACACAUUAUAAACUGAAAAACAGCUCGCUAUGUCUACAUGUUAGAAAACCACCGCCAUAUAAACGUGGUGAAUGGACUUUUGGUGGAAAAGUUAUUGCCAGUGAUGAAAUCAACCCCAACUACACAGAAAAGGUGGUUUAUAAUCAUGCCAACCUUUCAUUGUGUCUAAAAGAGCUGACACACACAGACACUGGCAUCUACCAAGUCAGCUUCCGGGACCCUGACUUUAAUAGUGUAUCAGAAAAACACAGAGUCAUUGUUCAAGAAGCUGUUCCUAGACCUGUCAUCUUAAUGUCAGUGCUGCGCUCCAACCUGUCUGCUGGAUUCUGCAGUAUCACAGUCAACUGCUCCAUCAAUGAUGACUGGUUGUGGUCUGUCUGUGAUGUGGACAGUUGUACAACAUCUCAGAAGUCAUUCAGUAAAGUCAACAUCACCAUCUCCUCUGACAACAGAACUGUUGUCUGCAGCGGCAACAACCAUGUUAGCACAAAUAAUGUUUCUAAGAGCGUGGCAACAACGUGCUUCAGUAAAUCUAAUCCUGAACAGAAAGAGACUUCACAACCACUUUAUGUAAUAUUAGUAUUUGUUGCAGUGUGUGUAUUUGUCUGUGCAUUGAUUGCUUUUAUGGCUAAGAGACUUUCUUCAGAAUAUAAUCACUGUCAGGGACAGACAUCAACUGCUCAGUUAAUACAAAGUCAGCCAACUGAGGAACAGCCACAACCUGAGCCUAGACUCUCUACCUCUUCCUCCAGUGAAGCUGAGGCCCCUUAUGAAAACGUGGAUGCCUCACAGCCCAGGCAGACCAGCAGUCCAAGAGAGGAAAUGGGGUCCAUGCCAAGUGAGAAAGCAGAUACUGUCUACAGUUUUUUACAGGCAAAGAAUGUGACUCCUUCUCUUGGCAAGAGUGACGGCAGUAAAGAUAUGAAAGGACACAAGAUGAUAGGAGAGGCAUCAACUUCACAGUCUGUCAUCGUGGAUGAGGCAGAGCACCCGACACAAAUUGACACAGUGUACAGUAUGUUGCAAAAGUCAAAAAAUCUGAAGUCAUAGCACCACCUGCAGGUCAAUCAAGAUUUUCAGAAGAGAUGAACAUGACAAAUGAAAGAAGCCUGCUAUAAGGACAUUCAUUCAAUAUUUCCUUUUUUUUUUUUUUAUUUUUUUACUGGAGGACAAAUCUUUAUAGUUUUGUUAUUUGUGUAAAAAUUACAUGUAUCUUCUUCAAUAAUACAAUUUAUUGGCCAAUUUUC